AUGGUCCCGUCUAACGUCCAUGUUCAGCUCGUUGAGAAGCCGACCGACCCUCUAGCUGUGGCGUUGACCGGAGGCGACAUUAGUCUGCUCCCCGUCCUGGCCCGCGCCAUGAUCAAGCCCAUCGCUCUCCAGAUCGGUGAUAUGUACACAGCAACCGACGAGAAUGGGAAAUUGGUUGGUUUUCAGGCGUGGGUACCGCCCGGGAGACUCCUCUUCAACACGUAUGAAUCCAUUUCAUCGAAUUGCAAAGAAGAGCAGCGUAAACUUGGCUUCGAGGACUACUUGAGUCAGUUGUCGGACGAGGCCAAGUCGUACUGUCCACAAGCGCUGGGGAAGGACUUCCCGCACGCUAUUGAUGUCCUCGCAGGGAUGGAUCAGACCGAGCUGAACACAUACUGGUGCAACUUCAACUUUGUGGCGGAGGAUUGGUGGCAGAAGGGUAUAUCGAAGGCGAUGACUGAGCUUGCGUACCGAAAGGCUAAAGCAAACGGCUGGACCAUGGCGCUUGCCACCACCCACAUACGCAAUGUCGACAUCUACAAACGCCUUGGCUUCGAGCUGAAAGGUCUGCGAGAUUUUCCCUCGCCGUGGAAUGUCUGGCAAGCUUGGAUUUACGUCUGGAAGACGAAGGAGGAUUGA